AUGGUGGUAGAGGACCAUCACGGACUGCCAGAUGGCAGAGGAAAACCACGCCGACUCUCCCGGACCCCUCACCUGGACCAGAGACCACAGAGGAAGUCUCGCAAGAAGCUCCAGGUCAUCAUUUGUGUCCUGCUUGUGGAGCUGUGUGAGAGGUUCACUUUCUUUGGGAUAGUAUGUAACACGAUUCUCUUCUGCACGGUGAAGCUGGGCUAUGAUAACUACCUGGCUGCAACGGUCAACUUGUGCUUCAUAGGAGCCAGCACCCUGACCCCUGUGCUGGUCGGCUGGUUUGCAGAAACCUGCUUGGGAAGGACUAAAGUGCUAUAUUUGUGUGCUUUCCUCCACUUCUUUGGUAAGAAACCAUAAUUAAACAUUGAAGCGUUUCAUCUGAUUGGAGAAAGUGUGGUGUUUUUUACCCUCGACAUUAAAUAAUCAGGUUUUGUUUAUUUUAUUUCUUUUCCUGGAUUGAAUAUCUGUUUUUAUUCAUCUGUAACAUCUACAAAUUUACUGGCUGCACAAUCAUUCAGCAUAAGAGUCAUCAAGAAUCUCAACCCGAAGUGUUAGACAGACAAGCAUGUUAAUGAUUCCAUACACUGUAUGUGCUUCGUCAUGGCUCUGCUGCUCUGAAAUCACACUCAUGUUUGAAAUCAAGCAGCAGCCACAUGCCAUGACCUCUUUCCAUCACUGUCAUCUCCAGGCACAGCCAUGCUACCUGUGGUGGCAUUUCCAUUUGAAGACUUCUACAUUGACAAUCAUCACAUGACGCACCAGCUGGAGCCCCGGGAGCAGCAGAUCUUGUUUUAUACCGGCCUCUUAGCAGCUGCACUGGGCAUUGGUGGCAUCAGGGCUAUCCUCUGUCCAAUGGCAGCUUACUGCCUUCAGAGUUACAACCAGCAUCAGCUGCUCUCCUUCUUUAACUGGUAAGAAGGUGUUACUUUGAAUACAAUUUACUCGCUCAGUAAAUAUCAUGACAUCAGUAAACUGAUGCAGUAACUAUUUUUAGUUUUACUUUACUGUAAAAGUUUCACUUCAUGAAGUUCUUUACAGCUUAGCUAUGGUAAUGGCUUUUACCCAUAAGUGGGGCUUGAAUGAAGUAAUGGUCAUUAAUGUUUUCUAAAGAAAGACUUAACCUCCUAUAGAAGUGCAAAAGUAUGCUUUCCAAGUUUCCUUGACAUUUUCCACUUGUCUUAGGUUGGUCCUCAAAAUCUUCAUCUUUUGAGGACAAAUAAUAUUCUUUCCAAAAUUCAUGGUUAUCUAUCCAGAACUGAUUGGAUGCAGGAAAGACUAAGAUGCCUGAAACUUAUUGUGGAGAACUUAGUAUUAGACCAAAAAAUAAUGCUAAUGUCUCAACAUUACUAGAAAAACAACGAUAGCAUCAAAAAAAGACAGAAAAAGCGUUUCUGUUUUGUAAGUGCUGUCACAUUAUGGUGCUGUGAAGGCCUUCUCAAGAACUAAAAGUAAAAGUUAUGUUUGACUUUUUGAAAACAUUAAGAUAUAUUUUUCUACUAUCUGUCAGAAAUUACUCUUCAAAUAAGCACUGGAUUUGGGAAUUUGUGAAGACAUAAGAGGUGCCAAGAGUACAAAGAUUACUAAAACUAUAUCAAAUCAACGCUAACACCUCUAUUGUAAUACAAACUAUUGGUGUUUCCCAAACACAUUGCACCUCUGGUGUUAAAACCUGAAGCCAAGACAGACAUGCAAAAGUCUACAGCACCUCAGGCAUCCACUUAAAGUUGGCUGCAAAAAUCAAAGAGUAUUGGUUGGGUCCAGUUUUUGGUAUAGCUCAUUAAAGUAUUUCUACACACCGGGAUGCAUGUCGUACAUCUUGAUUUUGUCAAGGCUAAGAGUCACACAUAAUAUUUGUAUAAUGAAGGACAAAGCUGAGUUAAUGGAAAGUGGUUGUGUUGUAUCCAUUUAUCAGGAGGUUAAAAGCCUGCCCUAAUUCCACCUCUUCUCCUGUGUUUAGGUUGAUCAAAAGUUAAUUUCAGUUAGCUUUUUCAUGGGGACUGCAAUUGUCAGGCUUCAUGUUCCGUUUCUAUGGUUCUACAUAAAACAAUAUCAUUUUUUACGGCAAAUUUUGCAUCUUUGUCACUGUUCAAAUGUUGAACAAACGAGGUUUGUGGUAAAUGCUAACAUCAGCCUGUUAGCAUGCCAGUUUUUUGCUGUGGGGUACUUAAAAAUAUUCAUAGUAAAAUGCUCCUGCACACAGUUAAGCUCCAACACAAGGAACAUACAUGUGUGCAAGUGGUGGUUCGAUUUCAGGUCCCACUGCCCACAUGCUGAAGUGUCCUGGGCCACUUGACCCCAACCGGCCCAAAAUCCCAAAAGCACUCAACCGUGGUGCCAGGUGUAUAGUCAGACCAUCACCAAAGUUUUAAAAAUAUCCUUCUCUGACUAUUUACCAAAGUUUAGAGUAAUCUUUAUAGAUGUCAAGAUAUUACAGUGGUGUCACUUUCGGCGCAGCAGAAGAGGCUCACUUCUACAUCAGUGUACAUAAUUUUGUGACUACAAUUGAAGUUGAGAUAUCUCAGUCCAUACCAAAGAUGGGGACUGAGUCCAGCUGAAGUUUAAUAUCUUUUUAAGAGUUAUGCAUUUAAAUCUGUAGUUAAUAUGUUGGCAUAUAGUUGAAGACCUGUGAGUAUAAUCUCUGUUUUAUGAUUGUUCAGGUUCUACUGGCUGGUCAAUCUGAAUUCGACUGUGGUUUUUUUGGGUAUUGCUUACAUCCAGCAGUCUGUGGCCAAAAACCUAGGCUUCCUCAUCCCUUUCAUGUCUGUGGUGCUGGCUUUAAUCGCCAUACACAUGGUGCGAAACAGACUCACCUACAAACCCAAGAAAGGUGAGAAUUAAAAAACGAGUGACAUAACCAGACAUUCAAAAGUAUUGUUACUUAAAGUUUUCAUUGGGUUUCUUUUUGUGUCUGCUUUAGGCGGAUCAUUAUUAACCACACUGGGAGUGUUUCUAAAUUCUCUAAAGAUGUGCUGUCUCCAUUACCGACACCUGAGUGGAGAUGUGGCAUCCUGGCUGGACCGGGCCAAGGAGAACAAUGGUGGUCGUUACAGUGAAACACAUGUGGAGAAUGUGAAGGUUCUGGCCAAGCUGUUCCCUCUUUAUGGGCUCCAGCUGCUUUAUAGAGCCUGCAUCACACAGGCAGGUCACCAUUUUUAUGUCAUGUCUAUUUUUUUUAAGUUAUACGAAAUGAUCAUCUCCAUGUUCAUGUUCAUCUUUCCUUAAGAUUCCCUCUGGCUUCUACAUUCAAACAAUGAAUUCAAACCUUCACCUGAAUAACCUCCUGUUGCCCAUUGGUACUAUGAAUGUGAUCAGCAUCCUGCCACUGCUGCUCUUAGCCCCGCUGAUGGAGUUUGUGACGACAUGCUACCUCUCCAUGGAAAAAAAUCCUCUGGCACCAGUAAAAGUCAUCAGUGAGUAUUUCUAUACUCACACCCUCUUUAAAGCACCACCUCCUGUCUCUCUCUUGAUUCUGUGCCUCUCUCAUCCACCCUCUUUCCUCCCGUAAUUAUUCUGCAGCACCUUCUUUUAUCACCCCUUCCUGUUCAUCCUCCACUUCCAGCUCUGGGCCAUGCAUGUGCUGCUCUGUCCGUCCUGGUGGCAGGUUUGUCUGAGCUGCAGAGGAAGUCUUACCCUCUAGUGGAGCAGACUCUUUCAGGGAAAGUCCUGCAGGUGUCAGCCAUGCCGUGUUUCCAGCUGGCUCCUCAGUACAUCCUCCUUGGUCUGGCAGAGGCUCUUGUCACCCCUGCAUGUGAGUGAGCCACUCUGUGUCUCCAUGACUUUAUUGAUGGUGGUUCAAAAAGAUUUAUUUUGUUCAGGAGACUUAAAUUAGGCUUUCUUUCUUUAAUUUUGCAGGUUCACUCAUAUCUUUCCAGCUGACUCCUAAUCACAUCAGAGGGAUCUCCCUGCACUUCCUCACUCUGUCCUAUGGAGGGGGCUGCUUUCUGGGAGCUCUCAUCAUCCAGCUGACGCAUGCUCUCUCUGGAGGUAAAAUAAUUUCAAAUUAUGUAUUGUAUGUUGUUUUGUUUUUUUUAAUAACUUUGAAAAUUGUGAUUUAUUCAAAAGGGUAGGAGUCAUUGCACUAAAUAAAACAACAGUGAUAAUUGGUUACAGGCAAUUUUUACCCGAGCAUACUGCACGAUGGGAAUCUGGAGAGGUUCUUCUUCCUCCUGGCCACCCUCAUGGCUAUAAAUACAGUUGUGUUUUGGAAUGUGUCCUACAGGUACAGUAUUACCUUUUCCUUACUUGGAGUACAUGCCAAAAUCACAUUUUUACAAUGAAAAAAAUUGUUUAAUACUGUCCUUUCUGACAUCUAAAGUUGUGUGCUUGUUAUUCUGAUUAUGUCCAGGUACAUAGACCUGAGUGUGCAGGGUAAAGCGCUGACCAUCAGCCCUCUGACAGAGAAGCUGCUGCAUUACAAGGCCUGUCUGAAAUUUUAUGACACUGUGGAACACUCCUACACACACAAUUCGAUUGACUCUAUUUUAUGAUUGUCUUUAAUGAUUUAUCCUGUAUGUGGCGCUGGCGCUGCAUGUUAUAAUGUGAAAAUAUGAACUGUACUAUGUGAGUUAAAUUCCAAAAAGAAGUACAUUAAAUGUACAUUAACUAAUUAUAAAAUUGUGUUUAUUGUUUGUUUGUUUUUUCCUGUUAAAUGAUA